UCAAUCUUGCCCUCCCUUUCUAUCUAUCUAUCUGUCUCUGUCUGUCUCUCUCUCUCUCUCUCUCUCUCUCUCUCUCUUUUUCUUUCUCUCUCUCUCCCUCUCUCUUUCAUUCUAUCUCUCUCUUUCUCUCUACUUAGCUAAUUCUUACUGAUUAGAUGUUAGCAAAAAAAAAAUAAAAACACACACUCAUACGAAAAAUAAAGUCAGUCUUUCGUCGAAUCGUUUUGUCGUCCCUUCCCUGAGACGUAUUCAGAACUCUUUCGCCUUUUUAAUGCACGCAAUUAGAGACUUUAUUUUCGCUGAAUGAAAAUUUGUUUCUCGGUUAAUGCGAUUACGGUUCUUUUUUCCUCUUUGUUUCUUUUUCCUUGUUUCUUUUUUUUUUUUUUAUUUUUAUUAUUAUUAUUCUAUUUUUUUUUUCUAUAUAUAUUUACGUUUCUUUUUUUUUUUCCUUUUCGAACAGACCCACGCACGAUCACGAAAGUGCUUGUUUAUAUCGCUUAAAAUAUUUUAAUUAAAUUUCGCCGAGAAUUUAAUUUUAAAUGAUGGAUUUCGAAAUACAUAAAUCCAUCAACUAUGAGACGCCACCUUGUACACGAGGUUUCGAUUUUAUUGCUCUUAAGAAAUAAGAAAAGAAAGGAAAUAGGGCGCAGUGAUUUUAAGUGUGAACACAUCGCGAAAAGAAAAAAUAAAAAAAAAGGAAAAAAAAAAAGAAAAAAGAGGAAGAGAAAGGAGAUGAUAAAAUACGUCCGAAGAAAGAAUCUGAGAUGGGAAAUCUAAGAAAGAAAUGGUCCAGGCGUAUUUUUCCGUUGCGAACUUGGCUUAACGUGCUUAGAGCAUAUAUAUAUAUAUAUGUACAUAUAUAUAUAUAUAUAUAUAUAUAUAUAUAUAUAUAUAUUAUAUAUAAAUAAAUAAAUAUAAAAAUGAGAAUAAAUAAAUAAAAUAUUAUGUAAAUCGAUUUACACGAUUAAAGUCACAGCUGCGUUUAGGAAUCGUUCGUAAGGGAACGUUGACCGCAAAGGGCGAAUAAAAAGAAAGACGGUGGAAAAAGAAGGAAAAAAGAAAAUAAAGAAAGAGAGUAAAGAAAAAUUCAUGUCAAAUGCGAGUGCGGAUAUUUUACGGUAGGCUUGUGAUUAAAUGAAAGAAAUAUUGCCGGAUAUGAUAUAUCCAACCUUGGGGAAGAGGAAAGGAUGUAUAAAGAGAAGAAAUAUUGCUUUCCACAUGCAGAAUAUACUAUUGUAAUUAUGUCGUUAAUAAAUUGUUUUUUAUUUUAAUUUUCGCGUUUUCAUUUUAGCGCAGGUAAUGGCGAAUAAACGAUAACACGAUAAGACACAAUUGGUUCGAUUAAUAAUGCAUUUAGAAAGAAAUAGCGAGAAAUGCAUUUCCUUAUAAUCGUAGCGACAAGAAGUUUAGUCAUUUGCUAAGUACAAAGAGCCUACCACACGACACGCUCGACUAGUUGGUGUUUAUUAAACGAUCUCGAAAAUAAAUGUAUUUUUGACGGGAGAACUCUCGUAGUUAUCUGUUAUUCUUAAAUAGUAAAAUUAGUGCAAUGAAUUUAUUAAACAGACAUUUUGCCUUUUUCUUUUUCUUUCUUAUUUUUAAGAUUAUGAGAACAUUAAAGAAUGUGUAAUAGUUUUAAGAGCAAUUAAAUUUGGAGCAAAAACAAUUCUUUCUUGAGUGCUGCCAUCUUGUGUUUUGUAACGUCAUCCUUUUAUUGCAUACGAUAACGUUGAUACCGAUAGUCAUUAAUUAAGGCAUAAUCGAUGUUUAUCGACUGCGAUUAUCAACGGUCGAUUGUAUUUAUCGACGAUAAUAUCGUUACACAAGAUGGCAGUACAAUGUUUGAAAAUAUUUAAUUGCGCAUGCUCGCACCAUUGAAAUACAAAUGAGGUUAUGUUAUGGAUCUCUUGAUAGUAUAAUAAUAUGCCCAAAAAGGCAAUUAUUGUGCGACUGUGAUAUUAGAAUUUCAUUAAAUUAUUAUUUUGUUGUUGUGCAACAAACAUGUCACUGAUAUAUAGUAAAUUAUGCUCAACUAUUUUGGUAGAACACUUUGGCCCUAUUGUACAGCGUGUAGGAAAAGACCUUUUUAUACACGGUAGCAGAACAUUACACCUUAUACGACAAAGUACUCGUCUUCCUCUUGUUAAGGUGAAGGAAUCCUUAUGUACUCUUAUUAAAUAUGGGCUUGUAAAUUAUUGGCAAAAUGAAACAUGUACAGAAUAUUGUUUAUUACCAGACAAAAUUAUUUUAAUGCUUCGAUAUCCAAGGUAUAUGUUCUUUGUAAAAAAUGUAUGCGGAGAUGAGUCAGAGAUAAUGCUGGAAGAAGUCCUGAAAAAUGGAUCUUUAACGUCAUCGCAGACUAUAAUGAAUGCAUAUAAAAAAAUUCAGCAAUCUGCUAAUGCAUGCAGUAAUAUACAAUCAUCUGUAUCAUCAUUGAAAGAUAAUUUCGAUUUACUAGUAAAAAAUCAAUUUCUUAUGCGCGAUUUGUGUACAAAUAUGAAAAGUGAUAUAGAUGAUAAGCCAAAUUUCGAUAUGCCACAAAUUAAUUUAAAAGCACUGGAAAACAUAAUUCAAGGAAAGGAAGACGAUCCUAAAGAUAAUAAUAUAUACUGGAAAGUUAAUUUUGAUCGAUUUACUCAAGAUUUUAGGGAUCAAGUUAUUGUAUCAGCUAUACGUACAAGAUUUGACGAGGAUGCUGGAGAAUUAAUGAGACAAUUACUUUUUCUUAUGUAUUUAAGAACAGCAUCGUGGGCAGAUACAUCUAAUCCAAUACCAUAUAUCGAAAUAAAAGAUGUAGUAAAAAAGUUAAACUAUCCAAGGCUUAUACAAUAUCUGGAUCAAUAUUUGAAUCUUAUAGAUGACGAUAAAAGUCAAUUUAUAAAACGUGUCGGAGAUUCUGGAGGUGGACAAUACAGUAUCAAUAUGAAGGAAGCUUUUAAUCAAUUAGCUUGGACAACGUUAGAAAAUAUCGUAAUGGAACGUUUUGGAUCGAAAGCUGCUAGAAUUUUUCGAUUGGUACGUAGUAAAAAAUUUGUCGAACAAGAACAGAUUCAACAGUUAGCCAUGAUACCUGCGAAAGAGGCGAAACAUUUGACGUACACAUUGUUGCAAGAGAAUUAUUUGCAAAUGCAAGAAAUGAAAAAGGCUGGUCCUUCGUCAGCACCGACGAAAACAUUUUUCUUAUUUCACAUAGAUUUAGAUCAGGUUGUCCAAAUGGAAAUUGAACAUUGUUAUCACGCUUUGUAUAACAUCAUGCAAAGAAGAGAUCACGAAGCGACAAGUAAUAAACGAAUGAUAGACAAACAGUUGCGUAUGCAAACGCUAACAAGUAAUUUAAAAGAACACGGAGCUACCGAAGAACAAUUGGCAGAGAUCGCCGAAAUGAUGACACCAUCGGAGAAACAGCAUUUGGACAAAGUACAACACGUGAUUAAGAAAUUAGGUGCUACAGAGUUACAAAUAGAUGAGACUUUAUUUUUGUUAACUAUGUACGUGCGUUAUCACUAAUAUCAUUUAAUUUGUUUUGUAAAUAUGCGAUGAAUACUGUUAAACAUUA